UUUCGCUUUUGCCCCGUUGUUGAGAAUGGACGUCGACUCAACCAUAAAAACUGCGGGUCGAGCUGUGGAACGGGUGAAGGUAUUCUGUCGUGUGAGGCCUUUACUACAGCGUGAGCGCGAUGGAUGGAGCUACGAAGAGUACUGUCAACACUUUGGAGAGGACGGCCAACGUCUAGAUGCCAGUGACACUCAACAACUUGCCAGCGAUGCCGCGCCCGAGAGUCCUGAUGACGAUCCAGCAACAUUUAUCACUGAAAAAGGUCGCAAAAUCACUGGAUCAGUCACUCCUUCUGUCACUAUGCAGUCUGAUGGGCGUAGCGCCACGUUCCAAGCCCCUACUGCAGCCCACGGAGAAGCUCGAUUGUUUCAGUUUGACGGCACUCUCAACGAGACGUGCGACCAGCAAACAGUAUACGAACGUGUAGCUGCACCAAUUGUCGAGGACGUGAUGGCAGGGUACAACGGUACCAUCUUAGCAUACGGUCAAACUGCAACUGGUAAAACCCACACGAUGGUUGGGCCUGGAGACUUAGUGCAUGGAGACCAGCGUGGACUUAUCCCUCGCGCACUGGAAGACAUUUUCAUUUGCGCUGAAAAGACUCACUCACAAGCGAAAACGACAGUCGCAUUGAGUUACGUACAGAUCUACUGUGAGCGCAUCUUCGACUUGCUCGAGCCUGAAACUUCGUCCAGUAACAUCAUGGUCCGUGAAGACGCGGAUAGAGGCGUCUACAUUGACGGAGCUGCUGCAGUUUACGUAGCAAACGUUGAGGACUGUUUGGCUCUUAUGGAGCGUGGCAAUGCCAACCGUGCUGUCUCCAGUACCCAAAUGAACGCUCACUCCAGUCGUAGCCACGCUAUCCUCAUUCUCCGUGUCGAACGCAAAGAGUUUGCACCGCCAGCGUCAAACGAUGCACCGAGGAGUACAACACAACCAGUAAUCCGUUUAAGCAACCUGUAUCUCGUGGACCUUGCAGGCUCUGAACGUGUCAAGAAGGCGAGAGUGUACGGCCGACACAUUAGCGAGUUAAAGUCGAUCAACUUGAGUCUUUCGGCACUGGGUAACUGCAUCUCAGCUCUCAGUAAACAGUCUCAACAGAACCAAACGAGUUACCACGUACCGUAUCGGGACAGUAAAUUGACUCGCCUGCUGCAGUCCAGUCUGGGUGGCAAUGCUAAGACAGCCCUCGUAGUGACGGUAACUCCAGCAGUCACAGAAGCACCAGAGACGCUGCAGACGCUGCAGUUCGGGCAGCGUGCGAUGCAGGUCGCCGUUCGAGCUCAUCGUUCCGCCUUGUCUGUACUGGACUACCGUACUCUCUAUGAAGAGAUGCGUCAGGCUCUGGACGAAGAGCAGCAGCGUUCUCAACAAGCCGAAGCAGCAGCUAGCGACGAGAAGAACCGCGCUGCAGUAGCAGAGGACAAACUUACAAAGGCUUUAUUAAGGGUACAGCACUUGGAGUUCGAGCUUGAAGCAGCUCAAACGGCAACUAGACACUCUACAACAACUGGUGUAGAAGGAGACGAUGUGGAGCGUAUGAAGUUGGAACUCCAGCACCUAGUGACUCGACAUGCACAGGAUGUGGCCCAGGUCAAGGCUGCAUGCGACCGACAGAUAGAAACGUACAAAAGACUGGCCGACGAAGCCUCACAGGAGUGGCACGAAGUGGAAGGGGAAUUGGCAGGAGAGAAGACACAGGUGCUGCAUACGUUGCAAGAUCUUAAAGAAUUUAAGCUGCGGUACUUUCAACUGGAGGAAGACACUACGGAACGUAUCGCGGAGCUUGUCCAGGAGGAGCGCGAUCGUGAGAAAGAACGAGAUGCGGCGCUCGCUAGAGUUGCUGUAUUGGAGAAAGAACUCAAAGCGAUUCAUGAAAAGAUGGUGGAGGGUGAGUCACAGCGAGAGAAACUUCAGGACCAAAUCGACACAGAUUUUGUGCCUAAAGAAGCGAUCCAGCAGAUGGAGGCGUUAUACGAAGGAGCAAUCUCGAAGCUCCAAGCACGAGUCGGGUGUCUUGAGAGCAAGUCGCUUAAUCGGAGACCGAAAACACCCAGUAACAACUGCAACAACAACUCAGCUCCACAGCGUUCAGUACCAGAGGUCAGGAAACCGGGGAUAGCCAAUCGUGCGGUCCCCAAGAUCGGUCGUCUUGUACCAGGCGCUAGAAGUGGCUCGUCUUCGAGAUUUAACUCCGGUCCAAGUGUAUCGUCUAGGAUUCUGCAAUAAACAGCACAGUUUCGUUCGAAAUCGCUCGUUUCGAGCAUAUAUUGCCAGCAAAAAGCAACACAUCUUUGCAUAUUUUUAGAGACUACGGAAGGGGUUUUCCGGAUCGUCCAAGUCUUCCUCGGGAUCAAAAUCCUAGUUAUUUCAUAAACAUAAGUCAGUUUCCAGUCCUU